CGAAACCUCUCGCAAAGAAUCGACUCGACUCCCAUUUGUUUAUAAAAUCGAGCGACGAGCUUGCGAUACCAACUUUUUGCUUUGCACCACCACCACCUUUGCUAAUGUCGUCAAACGCUGAACUAUUUCCCACUAUCGGGUCGGUCGCGGACCAGACAGAGAAACUUCCCGUAGUAGCACAGACCGUCGAGGUCACACUCGACGAAGAGAGGCCGGUACAGGAAAUUGAAUCGCUGUGUAUGCGGUGCCACGAACAGGGAGUUACAAGACUUCUCCUCACAUCGAUCCCAUAUUUCCGCGAAAUCAUCGUCAUGUCGUUCCGCUGCGAGCACUGCGGCUUCUCAAAUAACGAAGUGCAAUCCGCCGGAGCCAUUCGACCGGAAGGCGCUAUGUACACUAUCCACGUCCUUAACCGAUCCGACCUCGACCGUCAAAUCGUCAAGUCCAACAACUGUACAGUCGUGAUCCCCGAAUACGAGCUCACCAUCCCACCCGGGCGGGGUCAACUCACCACCAUCGAGGGCCUCAUCCGCGAUAUCAUCGUCGACCUGAGCGGUGCCCAGCCGCUGCGUAGGGUACAGAGCCCGGAGGUCUACGAGAAAAUCGAGAGCAUCAUCCGGAAGUGUCGGGCCGUCGUCGGCGAUGACGAGGAGCAGGAAGACGCGGAAGAGAACGCGACACACGCAGUCAAGACUUCGAAGCGCGCGUCCGAGAUCGACGAGCCCCUGCAGCCGUUCACCGUGCGUCUGGAUGACCCCACGGGUAACUCGUGGGCCGAGUUCGUCGGCAGCAUGGCCGACCCGAAGUGGAAUCUGCGCACGUACCACCGUACACGGCAGCAGAACGUCGAGCUUGGGCUUGUCGCGGAGGACGAGGUCCCCCCCGAGCUCGUUGUGCCGACGGAGAAGGAGGCCGAGGAGGUGGCACACGAGCCUACACCGAUAGGGAAAGAAGAGAUCUUCACGUUCCCUGGUACCUGCUCAAGUUGUGGCCACCCGUGCAGCACUUUGAUGCGGAAGGUCAACAUCCCGUACUUCAAGGACGUGCUGAUCAUGUCGACGAACUGCGACAAGUGCGGGUACCGUGACAAUGAGGUCAAGUCGGGUUCUGCCAUCUCCGCGCAAGGCAAGCGCAUCAUCCUCAAGGUUGAGGACCGCGAUGACCUGAGCCGCGACAUCUUGAAGGCACGUAGCAUCGCCGAAAGCUGCGGUAUGAGCAUCCCCGAAGUCGAGCUCGUCCUCCAGGCGGGCACGCUUGGCGGUCGUUUCACCACACUCGAGGGUAUCCUCGACCAGAUCUACGAGGAGCUCUCGGAGAAGGUGUACACGUCCGGCGACGCGAAGGGCAACGGCACCGCGUUCGAGGACUUCCUCAAGAAGCUCAAGGCCGUGAAGAACGCCGAGCACCCUUUCACGCUCAUCCUCGACGACCCGCUCGCGAACUCGUACCUGCAGAACAUCUAUGCGCCCGACCCGGACCCGAACAUGACGAUCGAGAUGUACGACCGGACGUGGGAGCAGAAUGAGGAACUCGGUCUGAACGACAUGAAGGUCGAGGGCUACGAGGAGGACGCGCAGAAGGAGGCCGCGGCCGCGAAGCUGGAAGCAGAGAAAUCUGCCGCGCCGGAGGGCAAAACGAAGUCGUCAUAA